CUUCCAUCCAUAGCCAUGAAUUUCCUCCGGCGGCGCCUAUCUGACAGCAGUUUUGUGGCCAACCUGCCUAAUGGCUACAUGACAGACCUGCAGCGCCCAGACAGCUCUACCAGCUCCCCUGCUUCCCCAGCCAUGGAGAGGAGGCACCCCCAACCCCUGGCGGCCUCCUUUUCCUCUCCAGGAUCCAGCCUCUUUAGCUCCUUCUCCAGUGCCAUGAAGCAGACGUCAGCAGCCCCCUCAGGGCUGAUGGAGCCUCCGGGUCCCUCUGCUCCCAUUAUUCAAAGGCCUAGGAUCCUGCUGGUGAUUGAUGAUGCCCACACAGAUUGGGCCAAAUACUUCCAUGGAAAGAAGGUGAAUGGAGAGAUUGAAAUCCGAGUGGAGCAGGCCGAAUUCUCAGAGUUGAACCUAGCUGCCUAUGUUACUGGGGGCUGUAUGGUGGACAUGCAAGUCCUGAGAAAUGGGACCAAGGUUGUGAGAUCCUUCAAGCCAGACUUCAUCCUGGUCCGCCAGCAUGCCUACAGCAUGGCGCUGGGCGAAGACUACCGAAGCCUGGUCAUCGGCCUCCAGUAUGGAGGGCUGCCUGCCGUCAACUCCCUCUACUCCGUCUACAACUUCUGCAGCAAGCCCUGGGUGUUCUCUCAGCUCAUUAAGAUCUUCCAUUCUCUGGGUCCUGAGAAGUUCCCACUUGUGGAGCAAACAUUUUUCCCCAACCAUAAGCCAAUGCUCACAGCCCCACACUUCCCUGUGGUGGUCAAGCUGGGACACGCCCACGCUGGAAUGGGAAAGAUCAAAGUAGAGAACCAGCAUGACUACCAGGACAUCACCAGCAUGGUGGCAAUGGCCAAAACCUACGCCACCACCGAGGCCUUCAUUGACUCGAAGUACGACAUCCGCAUCCAGAAAAUUGGAUCCAAUUACAAGGCUUACAUGAGAACCUCCAUCUCUGGAAACUGGAAGGCCAACACAGGCUCUGCCAUGUUGGAGCAGGUGGCCAUGACAGAGAGGUACAGACUGUGGGUGGACAGCUGCUCAGAAAUGUUUGGCGGCCUGGACAUCUGUGCUGUCAAAGCCGUCCACAGCAAGGACGGCAGAGAUUACAUCAUUGAGGUGAUGGACAGCUCAAUGCCCUUGAUUGGAGAGCACGUGGAAGAGGACAAACAGCUGAUGGCCGACCUCGUUGUCUCCAAAAUGAGCCAACUCCUAAUACCAGGGAGCACAGUGCCCUCGCCCCUGAGGCCUUGGGCUCCACAGACGAAACCAGCAAAAUCGCCCGGGCCAGCCCAGCUGGGACCUCCCCUCGGACAGCCCCAGACACGCCCACCCACACAAGGGGGUCCUCGCCAAACUCAGUCUCCUCAGCCCCCGCGAUCCGGGAGCCCCUCCCAACAGAGGCUCUCCCCGCAAGGCCAGCAGCCCCUCAGCCCCCCAUCGGGGUCUCCACAGCAGCAGAGAUCACCAGGCUCACCACAGCUGGCCCGGGCAUCCAGCGGGAGUUCUCCAAACCAGGCAGCCAAGCCAGGCGCCCCCCUCGCCUCACAGCCCCGGCCCCCCGUUCAAGGCCGCAGUGCCUCCCAACAGGGGGAAGAGUCCAAGAAGCCAGCACCACCCCACCCUCAUCUCAACAAAUCCCAGUCCCUGACUACCAGCCUCAGCACAUCUGACACCUCCCAGCGCGGGACCCCAAGUGAAGACGAAGCCAAGGCCGAAACCAUCCGCAACCUGAGGAAGUCCUUCGCCAGCCUGUUCUCUGACUAACCUUGUCUGCGCUACGUCAGGGGAGGGCUCUGUUAUACUCUCCCUUUUCCUGCCUCUCCUCCUUCUCAGCCUUGGUUCCCGAUGGGAGCAGAAUGGAGGGCCUGAGAAUAUACUCUCUAAAUGCCUUUGGUCCAGGAACUGAGUAUCUGUAUGUGUCCCCACUUCCCUUUACCAUGACAUUCCAGCAUCAUCGUCCAAAUGAGUGGUGGGCCUUUGAGAGCCUCCGGGUUCCUCAAAUCAGGCCCUAAAGGCAUCACAUCACCCUGCCCACCCAGAUGCUUGCUCCCCUGCCUCAGAUAACCAAGUGAAAUGUCUGUGUGUGGCUAGUUUUCACAUUUCUUGUUAGUGUUUUGCUCGCCUUCCGGUGAAGGCCCCCUCCAGGCCUUGCCUCACCUCCAUCAAAUGCAGACGCUAUAGUCGGACCUCAGCAACACAGGAGGCAAUAAUCUUUUGACCAUGUUUUGCAAACAAAAGGAGAAAAACCCAGCCAGGGGAACAUAUUACCUACCCACGCUAGCGCCAUCCAGGCUCGAGAGAUCACCCCUCAGACCAGAAUGGCAAAAGUCCAUCACAUGUGGCCCCCAGUGGGAUCAUGAGAACCGGGGAAGGAAAUCAGAUCGUGUGUGAUAAGCGGGGCCUUUCAGAAGACAACAGAGAGGACGUCUUGAAGGACUGCUCACCCCCAGAUUGGACAGCCAAGAGCAGACCGCAGGUUCUUCUACGAAUCAUCCCUAGUUCCCAGAGGAAGAAGAUGCCCUCCACUUCCCAAGGAAGGAGUCAGGUCAUGGUUCCUCCACCCAUUCUGCGUUACACCACCAAGGACUCUCUGAAUUCACCCCAAAAUGCAGUUCCCUCCUCGAGGGUAUACGAGGAACCAGAGAGAAUCAGGAGCUCAAUAACACGGGCUGAGAAAGCACAGUGGCGGUAACUUCCAGGUUGGCAUUUCACCAUUACAGCAAGCCUUUGGUAGGUUACUCAGUUAUGAAAGGGUCCUGUGGUCAAAUAUGUUUGGUAAAUACUUUGUACUUCUUGUUUUGAGAUGGGCAGUACACAUUACAUGUCAGAGGCUCUCAGAAUUCCUGCAAGAUUGAACCUUGCUUCACCCAGGCUUAUUUGACGGAACAAGUUUGCUGCGGAGCUGGGAAAUGCCCUGGCUCCCUUUCCAAAGCUCUUUCCCUACAUCAGACUGCUUCCCAUGAGCAGAUGGGGUGCAGGGCUACCCCCAAAUCACCACGCACCCGGUGCUAGAAACAUUGUAUAUGCCAGAACCAGCCUCCUGGCCCCCAAAAGAGCCCAGGACAUUAGAACAUAGCCACCACAUGCUCCCCUUACAGCCUACAUUGCAACUGGAGGCACGUCUUCCCCCUCCCUGGUCACAGAGAAGGAGAGAGGGAGGUAACAAUGAAAGUGUCCUUGGCCUGGAGCUACAUUCUGAAUAAAGGAGCAGAGACAAAUUAUAGGGCAAGGUGUGACAUCGUGGAGGCAUGUUUGGGGAGAUCAGGAGCACAAAAAACACCUAAGGCAGCCAUUGCUCUUCUACAUUGGGGAUCACGAUUGGAAAAAGUCAAGGUCACCUGAUUCUCACUUAGUAAUAAAACACAACCCGAAACACACAACAGAGUGGCCAUAGGCUGCACAAAGUUUCUCAAAGUGUGGGCACAACUAGCUUUAAUUGAGAGCAAAGGAGGCAGAAUUCUGGUCAUGAGGCCUAGACCCGUGUCUUUGUCAGUCUUCCCAAGUGUUGUGCAUGCACGCUGAAGUUAGACCGGCAGCCCUGCGCUGAGCUGGGUGGGAAGGCCCCUGCAGGAGAACAGUACUGGUGCGGGUGCUUCACAGCCGGGGAACCCACUCCUUCGCUGAGCAAAACUAGUGGCUCCAUCAACAGUGACUGUGUGGCUUACAUUUUCCCACUUUUCUGUCCUUUGACUGUAAAAACAUCUCAACAUUUAAGCUAUAACUCCCAGACACCCCAACUACAGCGGCAUAAAUUCUUUUUCAUGCCAGGCAUCCUGAUUUUUAUAACCAUGUACAUACGGGAUCUGCGACAUAACACUAUUUUAUAACUGGCACAUUUGAGUCAGUUUCCCCACUGGUCUGAGUAUGAAUGUAGAGACCAGGAACGGGCUUGCAGAGACCCCCAAAAUGGACUGUUUCCUCACAUAGACCAGCACACGUCCUUUCCAAACACUUAACCUUUAAUAGCUGUGACGCUUUUCAAUGGGAAAGGGCAAAAAGAAGGGAGGAAAGGAGUCACUCUGUAGAGAUUUUGACAGGUGGUUUGGUUUUUGCUUCGUUUCACAACUUCGACCCAAAGAAACACUGGCAUCUUCCAGGCUGACUUGGUGAAGCUGAAACACGGGUGCUAAGGGUGUAGCACCAUGAGUGGGGAUUUAAGGGUGCAGCCUCAGGGGACACUGCCACCAGCCAGAGAAAAUACCUCGGCCCAGGUCUUCCUCCUCCCUCCACGGUCAGACAGAGCUGUAGUUUAAUUAGGUGUAAAGUCAGCCUCCCAGGGACACUGAACAUGCAUAUCCUUGCCCUUCCAUUACCUGUUGUCUCCCCAUCAUUACACACUCCCUCCUAACGUUCAGUCCCUGCUGGUGGGGCAGGAAGGGCCUCCAGUCACACAGUAACAAAUACAGUAGCACAGCCCGGGAGCCUGAACACCAGCUGCCUUCUGAUGUUUUCAUCAGAGCCGGCGUGGGUACCUCGUGAAUUUGCUGCAUGAGUCAAGCUCAGGGCACGUUCCUCGGCACACAUGUGUUCAGGACAUGUUUUAGGUUGGCCUUCCUAGAAAACUAGGAAACUAAUGAAAUGUACACAAAGUGAUCCGGAUGGAGAAAAGGGCUGUGUGUAUAAGUAUCAGCAUGAGGAAGUCACUUGCCCAGGAACAGAAUUGAACCCACCUAUUAGAAUGAGAUAAACUGAAGAAAAUCUAUGGCGGUUUUUUUUUUUUUUUAGCCUCAGAAAGAGGUCUCAGAUUCUAAACUGAGUGUGAAAAGGAAUGGGAGCGAGCAGAAUCGGGGACCAUGAGGCAUCCCUCAUGAUACACAUGGCCACGGAGGAGAGGUGGCCUCAGGGCCACCACGGCUGGGAGCCCAAGAGGCUGUAGCAUGCAGACCAGGGCGAUGCCAAGGCUCGUACAGCAAAGACCCAGGACCAAGGAGCCCCAUCCAGACACGGCACGCAGCACACACCAGAGCUUUACAAGCAGCCCUGUCCCGCAGAUAUGCCACAUCCUUCUGGAACCCCACCCCUCCCAGCUCUGGGGAACAGACAGCCUGUGUGUUAUUCGGCUGCAUAAAGCAGGUCAGUGCCUCGUUCUGCUUUCAGUGUUUAGCGCCAGUGAAAGGUCAGUCAGAGUUCAGGCCAGUUAAGGCAGCCUGGCAGAUCCAAGCAGUGGCUGAAUUACAUGGAGGAAGAGCUCAGGGCCUAAGAGCACUUUUCUCGUAUCACAUGUUUUUCUUUAUCCUGGAGAGCACGCUGGCUAGUUACUAACUGUACUGGCAGGUGUCAAAUGCUAUCCCCAACUCCCACGCAGUCACUGAUGAAAUUCAGACUUUUGAGUCUUCUAUUUAGACUCUGAGAGAAGGCAGCCACUUGGGGUUUGGUUGGAGACGAAUUGGAAGUUUGGGCAACAAGCGAGUCAGAUCGGUCCAUUAACCAAACACAGUGAUAAAGGGCACAGAGGCUCCCUUGUGUUUCCACAGACAACAUACGUGGCCCAACGAGAUGAGACUGGGACUCUUCAAUGCUGGGUUCAGAGCUCUCUCUCUCUCUCUCUUUCUCGACUGGCCUCAGCCAAGAGGAAGAUGACCAAUCAAAACUGAAAUGUUCCUUCUACAGUUGCGUGUGUGAGAAUCCUUUGAAAUCCCUUUUGUUUUCCAUCAUCGGUGUUCUGAUUGGUCCUCCCGCCUGUAAUUUCCAUUUCCAAACUCCCAUAGUUGAAGUAUCUUGUCUACGGUCUUUCAUGGAGUCCAGGGCAGAAGCAAGUUGGCUCUUGGCAGCUACUGCCCAGGGAAGGAGAAAAGCAAGCCUUGGUGCCAGCCCCCGGCACAGGGAGCAGAGGAGUGGUCAACUCCAUCGGAAUGAGAAUUACAGAGAUACAGGGCUAAGCAGUGAUGGCAGGAACUGGAGCACCAUGCCAGAGUGAGAGGGGACAGAAUUCAACUGCUUUUACAUGAGGAAUCCCCAAACCUGACAUCGGAAGGAGGAUACUUCCCAUGAUUUGAUGUCCAGCCUUGUCAAACCAUAGUUUUCAUUUAUAAAGAGAAGGGGGACAGAAAGGGCAAGCUCCCGUUAAUGAAAAUAACUAAAGGGGAAGAUACGGGGCCACAGAAGGCCGUUGAGGCCACAAGCCAAUGGAGAACGGCAUCUUAGCAAAACGCUAACCGCGGCGCUCUGAACGAGCUUGCUUCCACCACUAUAUUCUCAGUGAUGGUCAGAGAGUCACGCAGUGGAGGUGCUGCUGCCAAAGCGUGAUUUCAUGCUCAUGACACACCAGCAAUAUAUGAAGUUCCACAGUCUCAGCCUAAUGAAGAGAACGUAGGGUUUUACAAGCUGCUAACUAUAAAUGUAGCUAUCCAAGAGGGACAGCUUUGAGGCUACUUUAAGAAUUUAGAACCAACUACUGGAGGAUUUAGGUGUAUGGCACAUACUCUCAAUUAAGAGCUGUGUCACACUGGCCAGGAAGUCCCAGCUGAGGUGUCGGGAAGGAGCACCUGCGUCCAUGGGACACCAGCACUGUUCCCGGACCUCUCAAGGACCGUUCAAAAAGGGUAUUUUGCAAACUUAUUGUUUUAUAGGAUUUGGUGCUUCUGGUCAUCACUACAUCCUCUCGCUGCACACACACCACACAGUGUAAACCUAACACCGCAGAUGGCCACAGAGGGGUGCGGAGGGAGAGAAGGGUAUACUUGGGCCCACCGAAGCUUCGAGUGAUUCUUUCAGCCCAGACCCAGUUAAAGCCACACAGCAUCUAGUGGACACUGUUUAAAACACUGUCCUGUAGCUCAGAUAUUACAAAACACCACAGAAAGAACUAUCAAAGCCCCAAUCCUUUGCCUAUACACAUUAUGCUACUAAAGGUGACAUGGCCUCUAGAAAAUCCUAGUACUGACUGAAUUUUCUUCACUGUGAUGGAAAUAAAGACUAUAUGUGUAGCAAAAAAAUAUUUUCAGGACUAUGUAGGACUCAAAAUAUUCUUGCAGCAUAUAACAUUCCAAGCCAUUUCCUUAUAUGCAAAACAGAUUUUUUAAAAAGGGGGAAGACGUCGGCAAUAUUCCUAGAUACUGUCUGCAGAUACUAAUAGUGUUUUAUUCCUGGGUUGUGAUUCAGAUUUUUAUUUGUCAUGACAGCAUGUUUCUAUAUUGUAUGAUAAGAUAUUUGUGUUUGGCCUUUUUCUUGUAUGAAGAAUAAAUCUUGAGUUUUGUGUAUUUUAAA